AUGGAAAGUUCAACAAAAGGAAAUAAAAAGGAUGUUCAAAAUGGGCCACCAAAAGAAGUCAAAAUGCCUAUCAGCGAAGCACUUUUAGACUAUCACCGUCAGAUAAAGGAAAAUUCAGUAGAACGCUUCAUGGUUCAAAUGAGGAGACUUAGGGAAAAGAAUCAAAAGUAUCAUGAAAGAAAUAAGCGCUUAAAGGAUGAGCAGAUUUGGCACAUACAGAACCUAUUAAAGGAACUCAGCGAAGAGAAGUCAGCAGCAUUACCUGUUGUAACCAGAGAGGAAGUUGAAGAAGCAAUGAAGGAAAAAUGGAAGUUUGAGAGAGACAAGGAACAAAACUUGAAAGAUAUGCGCAUGCAGAUAAUUAAUACUGAAAAACUGUUUCUUGAGAAGCUUGGUGAGAAGGAAUACUGGGAAGAGUACAAGAAUGUGGGGAGUGAACAGCAUGCUAAAAUCAUUACCGCCUUACAAAAUGACAUCAGUACAGUCAAAGAGAAUGCAGAGAAAAUGUCAGAACAAUAUAAAAUCACUCUGGAAGAUGCUAGAAAGAGAAUAAUCAAAGAAACUUUGUUGCAACUGGACCAAAGGAAGGAAUGGGCUACACAGAAUGCUGUGAGGUUAAUUGACAAAGGCAGCUAUCGAGAAAUCUGGGAGAAUGACUGGCUAAAGAAAGAGAUUGCAAUUCAUAGGAAAGAAGUUGAAGAAAUGGAACAUGUUAUUCAUGAACUGGAAGAAGAAAAUUUGAUGCUUAUCAAUCAACUAUUCAACUGUAGACUUGUGGAUCUCAAAAUACCCAGGAAACUAUAUCUUACCCAAGCUGCUGGACAGGAAGUGCCACCUCAAAAAAUGCCUUUGCAGUCACCAUAUAUAGGUAUCACAACAUAUAUAGAACCUGUAGAUGUAAAAAGUAGAGACAUGAGGAGUUCAUCGGCUGAGAGCACCAUCCCACAAUUUAGUAUUGAGGAGCUCAUCAGAGAUGAACAACAAAGUGACGAAGACGAGGGCUCGUGUACAGACUUUGAGACUUCUAAGAUGAAGUACCUAUUGUAUGAAGAUGAGCAUGAUUUCAAGGAUUAUGUUAACCUUGGCCCAUUGGCAAUGAAGCUCAUGAGUGUGGAGGGCAAGAAAAUGCCCAUUCAUUUUCAAGAGAAGGAAAGUCCACUCAAAUUCUAUGAAGAUGUCAGGAGCCCAGAGAGUUACCUUACAUAUAAAAUAAUGAAAUCUUUUCUCUAG